AAAUGUCAACAACUUGAACAGACAACCUGUAGGCUAUUAUCAAGUUUUUGUUUGUUACAGAAGUAAAUAUGAGUGGGAAUAGAGGAGAGGCAGCUGGGGUCGGGGGAGGUCUACAUUAUACCAACUCUCGUCUUGCCUCUGUCCCAGCCCCCAACCCUUCCUCUAUAAUACCCAGUACACCUGGAAACAUGACCAGAAUAGUCACAUCGGCAUCAGACAAUGCAGCAGUGGCUCGUGCCAGUAAUGGACUGCCCAAUGAGUCACGAAGUAUUGUGGACCUGCUGAACAGCUCACCAAACUUAAUGAGUUCAUUGACAUCCCCCGGUCACCACAGAACACAAAAGUGGAAUGGCCCUGGAAAGUGGUGUGCGGAAGCGGAAGUUGUCCGAUACGGGGGAGGACAUUGGUUCAAGACGGAGAAGAAUUGCGGAACACAAGGCGGUGCGUUUAAAAAGAAUACAGAAGGAAUAUGUGGAACAUGUCACGGAGUUGCUGACUCUGGAAGGGUGUAG